ACACUUCCGGUCUGUGUCCCCCUGUGAAUGUGCUGUGCGAACCUCUAAUAAACACUAAAAGAAGAAGAAGAAGAAGAAGUGAAUGUGCUACUCAGAUAGCUGAUCUCCCUAACAGCGGAUUAAUGGUGUAAUUCUCUUUAUAAACAACGGGACAUAAAACAUAACCACCAUGGCUUCUCGAGCAGGCCCCAGAGCAGCCGGUACGGACGGCAGUGACUUUCAGCACCGGGAGAGGGUUGCAUCUCAUUACCAGAUGAGCGUUGCGCUGAAAUCUGAAAUUCGUAAACUCAACAUUGCCCACGCGCUGAUCUGGUUGCUGAUGGCCACUCAGGUGAUGGUGAGCCAGUUGAGCCUCGUGUCGCACAAGGUCGUAGCUUCUCCGUACCAGUGGGAGUACCCUUACCUCCUGAGCAUAGUUCCCUUGGUCUUCAGCUUCCUGGCGUUGCCCCGCAACAACAUCAGCUACUUGGUCAUCUCCAUGAUCAGCGCCGGGCUCUUCUGCGUGGCCCCGCUGAUCUACGGCAGCAUGGAGAUGUUCCCCGUGGCCCAUCAGCUGUAUCGACACGGGAAAGCCUACCGCUUCAUCUUUGGCUUCCCCGCCGUGACGGUCAUGUACCUGGUCAUCGUCAUCGCUGUGCAAGUGCACGCCUGGCAGAUCUACUACAGCAAGAAGCUGCUGGACCAGUGGUUCACCGGCACGCAGGAGAAGAAGAAGAAAUGAGAUCUCACUGCUGAGGCUUUUUAUUGGAAAGCAGCCACUGAACUGGUGGAUCGAGCCAGCCAAGAAAACUCUUUUUCUAUAUUUAUAUUUGACAGUGUUAACCUCAUUCUUUAAUUGGUAGCUGAAAAGCAUUCACCGGACUGCUUGCCACUGUCAUUCUGUACAUUAAUUCUCAGUCAUUCAAAAUAUAAAUCUGAAGAUGCCA